AUGUAUGUUCCACUAGCAUUCUUCUCUCUCUUAUCUCUCACUCUCAUCUCUACCCAUGGAGCAUUCUCACAACAAUCCCACAUCCAGUUGCCCUCAGAACACCACACAAAAGAGAAGCUAACCCACAUCCACUUUUACUUCCAUGAAAUUAGAAAUGAGAAGAACCCCUCGAUUGUGCAAAUAAUAGAGUCACCAAAGAAUGUUCCUAAUGCGUUUGGCACAACUUUUGUCAUGGAUGAUGCAAUGACUGAAGGGCCAGAGCUGAGUUCAAAGCAGAUUGGAAGGGCUCAAGGGUUGUUUGGCCUUUCCUCUCUUGAGGACCGUGGGAUGUUCAUGUUGACCAAUUUUGUAUUCAAAGAUGGCAUCUAUGCAGGAAGCACAUUGAGCAUGCUUGGAAGGAACCCCGUUCUGGAGCAAAAUAGAGAAAUGUCAAUUGUUGGUGGCACUGGUGCGUUUAGAUUUGCCACUGGCUAUGCCAUAGUAAACAGUGUUUAUUCCAUUUCUACCCCUGAACAUUUUGUUGUGGAGUACAAUAUUACACUGCGUCUCUCCUAA